AUGCAAAUGGUGAAGACAAAGAAGGCAAUGGGCCAAGCAGAAGUGAAUAAGCAAGCGAUCUUGAGGACCUUUGGGGAUGACAAAAGCUCUCUGCUUGACCAUUUUGAGAGGCUCUCUGUUGAGUUAAAGCUGAACCAAGCCAUGCUGAGGCGGAGUCUCUCUGAGCCAACCCAAAUUCGGUCCCAGCAACCUCUUUUAAUCUGUCAGGCUCCAUCAGAAUCAGAACCACCACCGCCACCUUUGGUUACCAAGAAAAGGCGUGGCUCAGGCUUCAGCAAGGUUCUGAAGAAGAUGAUCAAGCCCAUUCUAAGCAGAAUGAGUGCAAAAAAGAAGGAAAUCCCAGAUGCAAAAGACCCCAGAACUCACAACAAAAGAACCCAACAUGGUAAGCUACUUGUCUUUGCAGCACUUUCAUGCUCUGCUACAAAUCCCACUGGAACCACACCGUUGAAUGUUGUCAGUCUUGCUGACAAAACCCACCAGUCAUACCCAAAAGAUUAUGGCUUGCAGUCCAGUAUCGAAGAACCAAAGCUAGAUUUUGAUAGCAUAGCUAGUAGAUUGCAGGUACAGAGAUUUAUUGAUAGAAUUAAAGCUUUGCCCUUUAGAGAGACGAGUGUAAUCCUUGGUAUCUUUGAACAAGAUGGUUGCUUUCAGACCGUAUCUGAAUUCAACGCUCUGCUCAUGGCUUUAGUCAUAGCAAAAGAGCCUGACAUUGCUUUGAGCCUGUUUAAUGAAGUAUCAGCUUACGGGUUAGUGCCAGAUUCUUUGACAUUUUCCAUCAUGAUAAGGUGUUACUGCGAGAAAAAUGAUCUGGAUGAAGCCAUAAGGGUUUUAGUCCAUAUGGUUGAAAAUGGGUUUUACCCUAAUGCUGCAACAAUCACUGUUCUGAUAAAUUCAUUGUGCAAAAGAGGUAGGUUGCAGAGAGCUUUGGAGGUUUUGGAGGUCAUGGGUAGAAUUGGGUGCAAGCCAACUGUUCAGAUAUACAAUUGCUUGUUGAAGGGGUUGUGCUAUGUUGGGAGGGUGGAGGAUGCAUAUGAAAUGUUGAUGAGAAUCAAGAAAGAUGCCAUAAAACCUGACAUUUACACAUUCACAGCUGUUAUGGAUGGUUUUUGUAAAGUGGGUCGCUCAGAUGAGGCAAUGGAAUUGCUUGAUGAAGCUGUGGAAAUGGGGUUGACACCAGAUGUGGUCACUUUCAACACUCUGUUUAAUGGGUAUUGCAAGGAAGGCAGGCCAAUGGAGGGACUUAAUGUGUUAAAGCAGAUGAAAGAGAGAAACUGCAACCCUGAUUGUAUUACUUACAGCACUUUGUUGCAUGGAUUGUUAAAAUGGGGUAAAACUCGUAAUGCUCUUAGGGUUUAUAAGGAGAUGGUUGAAAAUGGGGUUGAAGUAGAUGGGAGAUUGAUGAACAAUCUUGUUAGAGGGUUAUGUAGGAGGUCGAGGAAGGAAAAAGACCUCUUGGAAGAUGCACAUGAAGUGUUUGAGAAAAUGCAGAAUGAGGUUUUGGGCAUAGACGCUAGUACAUAUGGCUUGAUGAUCCAAACUCUUUGUAUGGAAAAGAAGAUGGAUGCAGCUGUGGUCUGUUUGCAGGAGAUGAUUGGAAUGGGCUACUCACCAUGGAUUAUCACCUUUAACAAUGUAAUUAAAACCCUUUGUGUUGAGGGAAAGGUGACUGAGGCACUGUUAGUAUUGAGCAUCAUGUAUGAAGGUGGUAGAGGAACCAAUGGAAUAUCUUAUAACCCUUUGAUUCAUGGAUUGAAUCGGCGGGGCAGUUUCCUUGGCGGUUGUAGUGUAUAUGGCGCAGCAGUGAAGAGAGGUAGUGGGACAUUGACAAUAGCACCGGUGUCGAGAGUCGCUGGCUUUGAUCCACCUGCGAGCAAAGUUCAGUUAGAAGAUGCUGCCUCUUUGAUUGUUGAUAACAAGGAACUGCGACGUUUAGUUAUAGACAGGAGCUUAUCACUUCUAAAACCCAAGAAAUCAAUCAGGCGCCCAUUCUGCACCUGA